UAAUGGCGGACUUGCAUUUCUUGUAAUCAAUGCAUGCUUAUUAUAGUGGAAUAGGCAAAAAUGGCAAUCAAUUUACACUUGCUAAGUGUUUUUGGGUUUGUUUUGGCUGCCAUGUAUUUGCAAUUUACUGGCAUUAAUGAUUCGUUUGCUAUCCAAGUCAUUCGCAUUCUGUUAGCGAGCCUUGGUGGAAUAAUUUGUGGAUUUUUUAUAGUCUUGAGAAACAGCAAAUACAAGAAGGCUGUUGUGCCAGAUAAACCAAGAAGUGCUCGAGAAAUGUCCGAUUUCAUUAAUGAGAUAUGUAAAACCCAAUUUCAUUCACCAUACAAACAUUCAACAGUUGUGACCAACACUAUUGAUAAAGAGGUUCAAGAAGUUUUUGACUUAUUUGUUAGAGACUUUUGUCUGUCAUGGUUUCGAAAUCUUGGUAAAGAUGAAAAUACAUUCAAAGACACUCUUACUAAAGAUUUAUGGGAUGUGACAAAGAAUUUGGUUACAAAACUGAGAAAUGUUGAUAUUGUAAAGCUUUUAUCCAAUGACCUGGUCAAUCUUAUGUGCACUCAUUUUCAAGAGCUUAGGUUAUCUAAUAAGCGUAAAUAUCCUGGUACAGCCAAGUCAUUUGCUCUUCACCCAUGCCUUUCCAGUAGUAAAGAAGAACUUAAAUAUCUUCGCAUAGUGUCUGAGGUUAUGAUUUAUGCUUUUCUUUCCAAGAAAAAUUCAGAGUCAUCUCCUUUAAGAUUACUUUUCCGAGAAAUCUUGGCAUACUCUGUUUUUCAACCUAUGUUUGAUAAGUUGUGUGAUCCGGACUAUAUAAACCAAACUCUUUUGUUAUACCUUGAGUCAAAGGAAAAGCUGACGAAAUCACAUGGUAAAGACUAUGCAUAUGCAGAAACAUAUGAAGAUUUUAUACGACUGAUUAACACCAGCCAAGAUAUUGAACAUGUCAAAGGAUUACGAUAUCAUAUUAUUGCUGAAAUCAUGCAAGCAACUAGCGUCCAUAAUCUUAAAGAUUUACAUGUAAAUGAAAGUGCAUAUGGGCAAUCUACUGACAAGGGUAGGAGGCUGCGUGCUCGUAAUCUUAAGAGAUAUAUCAAUCAAUGCACUGUUGCCAAAGCUCAAUGUGAAAAGAGAAUCAAAAUGUUAGGUGGACCUGACUAUUUUAUGCAAAAUUCUGACAACAUUGUUCCGGAAGAUGAUGGUUCAAAAAGGAAAAAGCAAAAAAAAGAUAAAAUACUUUCUUACUCUGAAAUCAUUGAGAACAGUUUGGCACGUAGUUAUUUCAUGCAAUUUCUUGGUCACAAUGGAGCUAAACACUUGCUUAGGUUUUGGAUGGCUGUGGAAAAUAUGAAGCAACUAGAAAAAAUAAAAGCUAACAAGGUUCAUGAUAGUGCAAAAGAAAUAUACAAUGUCUUCAUUGUACCAUCAGCAGAGGAAGCUGUGGGCAUUAACUCUGAUCUCAUGCGAAAAAUAGAAAUUUUUCUAAAUGAGGAAUGCGAGGAUAACCCAUUCUAUGAUGCUCAGUUGAAAAUAUAUAAUAAAAUGGAGGAAAAGUACUAUCACAAGUUUAUCAUCAGUGAAGAAUAUGUACAGUAUAUAUGUCAACUGGAGUCUGCUCUGGAUCAGUUCAAGACACAAGAAGAGCAAGAUCGUAUGUUGUCGUACUUGAGCGAAAGCCCUGAUAUAUUUGAUCAACAGAAACAACGCUUGGUGGAAAGCGAGAAUGAAAAUAAGACACAUUCGAUCGACGAAAAAAACGAACACAUCAUAAAACAGCUGUCAAUAUUGGAUCGAAAGUUGGCAUCAAAAACUCAGCAAGUCGAACUUGUUAAAAAACUGCAUGAUAUGGACAUUCAGGUAAAACAACUGGAAAGAGAGAUUGAGGUGCUAAAGAAGGAGAAAUGUGUUUUAGAAACGCGAAUGACUCGUGCUGAGCUAUGGUGUGACAAUAUUGGAAAGUGGACUGUGGCCAUAUCAAGUGCAACGAUAGAACAUACUGAAGACAAACCAUCUCCAGUUUAUAUUUUAAUGGUUGACGGUAUUUCAUUACACGGCGAUGAAACAAACGAACCUUCUUCUGAAAUAAAUGGAUGGAUUGUUGCAAGAACGUUAAAGGAUUUUCACAAUCUUCAUUCAAAGCUGAAAGAGUGCUCCAGUCAAUUGAAAAAAGAUCUUCCUUUACCCUCGAAAAAAUGGUUCAAAAAUUUCGAUGAAGAAUUUCUAAGCAAGUCUAAAAGGAUGCUAGAGGAAUAUGUACAGACGCUGCUACAAGAUGAAAUUCUAUGUUUAAAUGAAGAACUUUUUCAAUUUUUCUGCGCAGAUUUUGAGAGUCAGAAAGAGCUACUUCCACCUGCUGAAAAGAAACCUGUCUUUUCUUUAAAAUCUGUUCUCAAAAGUUUUCCCUUAGUUGAUUUCACUUUUAACGAUGAAAUAGACGAGGAGCCAUCAGAAGAAGAUGGUCCAGGUGAUAGAAAGGAUUCGAUUGCAGAACCACUGUAUAAACUCACUGGGGAAAUUUUUGAAUUAAAAGGAGUUUUUAAAUGGCUUCGUCGAACAUUGAUUGCAUUUGUUCAAGUUACAUUUGGUAGAACCAUCAACAGGGAAAUCAGAGAGUUGGUUGAUUGGGUGGUAUCUGAGCCCAUGAUUGUAUAUUACAUUCGGUUAUUUUCUGAAACAUUAUGGCCUCAAGGCAAGCUGGCAUCUUCAGUAUCCUCAAGAACAGAAGCUGAUAAAAUUAAAACAAGACGGAAAGUGAAAGAAAAAUUGUUGAAAAUGAAUCCAGAGGUUCUUCAAAAUUUGGUUGGGAAAAAAAACUGUAAACUUGGAAUAAUGAAGAUGUUCGAGGCUUUUCAAGAUAUUCGAACUAACAAGCAUUUAGCAUAUUUGAUACUCGAGCUUUGCUUAUUUACAGUGAUACCAGAAUUACAAACCUUUCGCUCAGAACAAAGUGAUGAUUUUGAAAGUAAAAUAAAGACUUAGAAAGAAAGAUAGUUAUGAUUACAACUGAAUAUGUAUUGGAUUGAAAUAUAUUCGGCUCAAACGAGUAGGCUUUAGUAGUUAGGAUUGAACUGAUUUGGACCAUACAGCAUUUGCAACAAUUUAUUUUGAAUGGUGCUAUGGUGGUAAUAUCAAAUAUGAUGCAUGCUGCGGAAACAAAAAGAUUUUGUUCUGUGACAAAUUCCCCCCUAUUCUUUGAAAAAAAAAUGGAAAAUCAAUUAAAUUUGCUCUAAAAUUGGUAA